GAACAUCAACGAAAUGUCCCGACUGCCACGUUAGCACCUCAUCCUGUUGUUGCUGGCGAUGUCGUGACACGAAACAACACUGUUUAGGUCUAGAUUACUUAAUUAGAUAUCAAGAUCUAAUCUAGAUCUAGAUUUAUUUCCUAAAGAAAAUGGAAAUGUCACCAUAUGUUAUUUUACUGUUGGUAUUUUCAUGUGUUUUCAAUGUAGAAGCUAUUCGAUUUCUUCUGGGAUCUAAUCAAAGAAAGUGCCUUCGCGAAGAGAUACACAAAAAUGUUUUGGUUACCGGCGAAUACGAGGUUCAAGAUAAUGGACAAAGGGCUGAUCUGACAGUGACAGACUCAAGAGGUCAUAUUUUAUACUCUAAGGAGAAUGCUGUUAAGGGAAAAUUUGCCUUCACCACUGAAGAGUAUGACAAUUUUGAAGUUUGUUUUGUAUCAAAACCCAUGGGGGGUGGUGUUGCAGCAGACAGAGAAGUCUUUUUGAAUCUCAAGCAUGGCAUUGAAGCCAAGAAUUAUGAAGACAUUGCGAAGGCUGAAAAGCUGAAACCACUGGAGGUUGAAUUGAGAAGAUUGGAAGACCUUUCCAAGUCAAUUGUUGAUGACUUUGCUUACAUGAGAGCUCGAGAAGAACAAAUGAGGGACACUAAUGAAUCGACUCAUUCCAGAGUGAUGUACUUCAGCUUGUUCUCCAUGCUCUGCCUUCUGGGUUUGGCCACAUGGCAGGUUCUUUACCUCAGGAGAUACUUCAAGGCCAAGAAACUUAUUGAAUAAUGAGCUUACAAACUAGCAGGAUACAUGAGUGUAUGUUGUCAGUGUGAGAGCCCAGUGUUAAAUAGUUGUUACAUGGUAUUGGUUUCUUUAAGCAUUUUCUUGUUUUUGUAUGUGAGUUUGUGUUGCUUGAGUGUUGAUUGUUUGAUUUGAUGACAAAUGUAAGUUACACAAUAUUUAUAUAUUUGCUUUCUCCCUUUAUUUUUACAAGUAAUUAGCUAGCAUUAUUUCCUCACAAAAAAUUCUCACCAGUGAGUGUUAUUGAAUAAUAUCUGUCAUGUUUGUUGAUAUGAAAUAAAUAGCAAAACUGUUUGGUUCUAGCUUUGUUGGUGCAGCUGAGUUAGUGGUUUAUUAAAUAGGUGAGAGUUACUAACAUUUCAAUAUCUUCAAUCAAUUACUUUAUUUAUUUUUUAUUUCUUUUUAUCAGUCAUUAAAAUGUCUUUAAAAAACAACAA